AUAUAACAAAAAACGUACCAGACACUAUAUAAACUAGUACCAUGUCUCUCAUAUGCACAAAGCCUUCCUCUCUCUCAGUCUCACAAGACAAUAAUGACAAACGGCGGAUCUGAGCGUCCUGUAUCGCUGAGAAAGCAAGACACUAAUACCUUCUCACACAAGAUACCGUCGACCAAACAACGCUUCUCCUCGCCGGCAUCAGCUUGUCCUUCUUUUAGAAUCUAUUACUACGAUGGAGCUGCCGGUUCCAUCCCUUUCGACUGGGAAUCUCAUCCUGGUACUCCCAAACAUCCCUCCUCCGAGCUGCCUCCGUCACUUCCUCUCACCCCUCCGCCGUCUCAUUUCUCCUUCUCCAGCGACCAAAUAUUCCGCCGUGGUUCGAAAAAACCCAUCAAGAAAAUCCUCGCACUAAUCCCCGCAAGGCUCUUCUGGCUAUCAUCAGGUGGUCAUAACAAUAAAGUCAAGAAAAUGUCCGCUUCGUCACAGUCUCUGUCGGAGAGGGUGCUGAUCGAUGAUAACGAGUACCAUUUGUUCAAGUUUCAGACAAAAGGGAAGGUCGUAAAAAGAUUUUCAUCCUUCGACUCUUCUAUUGAUCACUACCCCACCAUUCGCAGAUCACAAUCCACCUCUUGCUUCGGAAUCCGCAUCUGGUAAAAUUCAUCAUUCAAUGGAAAAUAAAACUUUGGACCUUUUUAUAAAUGCGUGUUUCUUUCUUAAUAUAAUAUGUUUUGUAAUCCAUCGUGUUGUAUUCAAUCAACCAUGUCGGUAAUAAUAUUAGAUAAAGCACCAAAUAGUAUCAUGCUCUUUUUUUCUCAUUUUGUUAUGUAAUAUUUUUGUUUUUUGUUUGUAGUAAGAGAAUGAACAGUUCGUAUUUGAUCAGAAGCUUAAAAAGUAGCAUUUCGUUGGGUCCGUUUAA